CUAUCCUGGAGGUUUCUCCCUGUUGCAACUUGUAAUAAACCAAAUAGAUUUUUGAUUGACUAUCUGCAACUGCUUUUCUCCUUUGUUCAAUUUAUUUUACAUCACCCCUCCCUCCUUUCAGGCGAACCUGAAUCUCAGUGAGAGAGAGAGAGUGAGAGAGGAAGGCCAUCCUGUCUGUAUCCCCAGGCUGAGCACUAACCAGAGGGAUGAUGAGGCUAGGCUGGGUUCGAGGGCUGGCCCCGUUGUUGGCCAUGGCUGCUGGAAUACUCUACAUCACAUCCAUUAAGCGGGAGGUUCAUUCUCAUGGGGAGAGACUGCAGGGGGCCCAUCAGAAUGAAUCGGCCAGGGGCCAAGAUAUUCUCCAGAGGCUGGAGAAGAUGGAGGCUCACAUCGAGAAGCUGUUGAAUACAAUCCACGACGGGAGCAGUCUGAAAGAGGGGCAGGCGGUGAAGGCUCCCGAGGUCAAGAAGGAGAGGAAGGUGGUGAAGAAGGUGUACCCCAACUCAGCUCUGUUUACACGCUGGGGUGAUGAGCUCUCAGAGGAGGAGCAGAAAGAGGCAGAGGGGCUGUUUCAGAUGUAUGGAUACAACGCCUUCCUGAGUGACAGACUACCCCUGAACAGGGAAAUCCCUGAUACUCGCGAUCCUAAGUGUGCUAAGCACCAGUAUCCCCAUGACCUGCCCACCAUCAGCGUGGUGUUGAUCUACUUGGACGAGGCCCUGUCAAUCAUUAAGAGAGCCGUCCGCAGCAUCAUAGACAAGACCCCCCAACGCCUGCUCAAAGACAUUAUACUGGUGGAUGACCACAGCUCCAAUGAGGAUCUAAAGGAGAAGUUGGAUGCCUACAUCAGCUUCAUCCAUGAAGAGCGUCCCGGCCUGGUGAAGAGAGUGAGACACUCAGAGCAGCUCGGUCUCACACAGGCCCGCCUCUCAGGGUGGAGGGAAGCUGAAGGAGAUGUGGUGGCCAUCUUGGACGCCCACAUAGAGGUCCAUGUGGAAUGGGCGGAGCCUCUGUUAGCUCGGAUAAAGGAGGACCGCACGUUGGUGUUGACACCGGUGUUUGACAACGUCCAUUUCGAUGACUUGACAGUCACACGUUAUGGGCCUGCUGCAGAUGCCUUUGACUGGGCCCUGUGGUGUAUGUAUGAGUCCUUCAGACCUGAGUGGUAUGCCUUGAAAGACGAGUCACAGCCAGGAAAGAGCCCCUCCAUUAUGGGCAUACUAGUGGUUGAUCGCCUGUUCUUUGGGGAAAUUGGUGCUCUGGAUGGUGGUAUGAAGAUCUAUGGAGGGGAAAAUGUUGAACUGGGUAUCCGGGUGUGGCUAUGUGGUGGAAGUGUCGAGGUCAUACCUUGUUCUAAAAUAGCCCACAUCGAGAGGGCCCAUAAACCCUAUCUCCCUGACCUGAGCAUUACAAUGAAGAGGAAUGCUCUGAGAGUGGCUGAGGUCUGGAUGGAUGACUACAAACAUAAUGUCAACAUUGCCUGGAACAUCCCACUGAAGGAUCACGGCAUAGACAUUGGGGAUGUUUCAGAGAGGAAGAAGUUGAGAAAGAGACUGAACUGCAAACCCUUCCAGUGGUAUCUGGAUAAUGUGUAUCCCAUGUUAGACCCCCUGGGUGACUUGCUUGGUUAUGGAGCUCUGGUCAAUGACCAGAAGACGGAGCUCUGUAUAGAUCAAGGCCCAGUUCCGGGGAACACACCUAUUUUAUAUGGAUGCCAUUAUUUUGGUCCACAGAACUGUUAUUAUCGAGCCAGUGGGGAGAUCUACAUUGGAGGCAUCAAGUCUCACAAGUACAACAGUAAUCGCUGUCUGGUGGACACCGGCACUCAAACCCCAGGGCUGUAUGAGUGCAAGGUGGCCCAGCAGAAGAGAUUCCACAUGCACUGGGAAUUUCAACAGGGAAAAGCCAUCCAGAACAGACAGACAAAGAGAUGUCUGGAGAUUGCCCCAGGGGAGGACACCUACUACCAGCUCAUCCUUCAGGAGUGCAGUGGGCAGCACUGGAACAUACAGAAUCUGAUUAAAGACUUCUAAUACACUGAGAUAGUUAGGCCUACCAGAGACAAUACAAGUGGGAAGGUGGUAUUUACCACAUACGACUGGUAAAAGUCCACUUGAACGUCCCUCCAACUGGUAAUUACUAGUGGGAAACUCGUCUAUCAUCCCUGAGCUCCGACUUCUCCCACAUGCUGACCUCUGACAUCAUCUACUAAGGAAAUUACAUUUUUAACAGCAUUUUCAGCAGUUCAAUGCAACAAAACAUUCUUUACAAAAAUCUAUCUAUAAAUAUGUUUUUGAACACUAUAAUUUAACAAACAUGAUAGCUGAACUCAUAGCUUAUGGUUGACGCAACUUGUUGGCCAUUAGCCAAUCGGCUUUUCUCAAAUAGUUCAAAGCACGUGAAUGCAUCCAACUAGUAUUUAUGAUUUCACAACUGGUAAUUACCACCUUCCCACUUUGUUAUGAACACAUCACUAUCAUCAUUCUUUGAAAAUCCUAUCUUAGUCAGCAGUGAGAUGACUGUGAUCUUAGUGAGCUGUUGGUUGUAUACAGUGGCGACGCGUCAUUCAGGGCAGGUGUUUUGUGCCCCCCCUGUUUAUCCAAAAAAUAUAACAUAUACAGUACCAGUCAAAGUGUCACGGCUUCUAUGAGUAGUGGGUGGAGAAGUCAGGCGCAGAGAGCAGGGUAGUUCACUAGAUGUGGAUUUUUAUUUUCCAAAAACCCAGAGAGACGGUCACGCCACACACACAAGGGCGCGUAAAGACCCAGUCCAAACAACAGGAGGAAACUGACCGGAAAAAUAAAUACCACAAAAUAAUCACACACCAUAAACAGAAAAAUAAGCCCGCACAAAAGCUGGCGGGCCUACUGGGUUUAAAUAGCCCACAAUCAAAACCUAAACACAAAACAGGUGCAACUAAUCAGACACAACUAAAUGAAACAGAAAAGAGGAUCGGUGGCAGCUAGUAGGCCGGCGACGACGACCGCCGAGCGCCGCCCGAACAGGAAGAGGCACCACCUUCGGCGGGAUUCGUGACACAAAGGUUGGACACACCUACUCUUUCAAGGGUUUUUCUUUAUUUGUAAUAUUUUCUAAAUUGUAGAAUAAUAGUGAAGACAUCAAAACUAUCAAAUAACACAUGGAAUCGUUUAGUAAACAAAAAAGUGUUGGAACAAAUCAAAAUAUAUCUUAUAUUUGAGAUUCUUCAAAGUAGCCACCCUUUGCCUUGAUGACAGCUUUGCACACUCUUGGCAUUCUCUAAGAUAGAAAAUCAUUCCAGGUGAAGCUAACAGUCUUGAAGGAGUUCCCACAUACACUGAGCACUUGUUGGCUACUUUUCCGUCACUCUGCGGUCCAACUCAUCCCAAACCAUCUCAAUUGGGUUGAGGUCAGGUCAUUGUGAAGGCUAGGUCAUCUGAUGCAGCCCUUCAUCACUCUCCUUCUUGGUCAAAUAGCCCUUUCACAGCCUGGAGGUGUGUUGGGUCAUUGGUCCUGUUUAAAAAUAAAUGAAAGUCCCACCAAGUGCAAACCAGAUGAGAUGACGUAUCGCUGCAGAAUGCUAUGGUAGCCAUGCUGGUUAAGUGUGCCUUAAAUUCAAAAUAAAUCACAGACAGUGUCACAAGCAAAGCACCCCCCACCAUCACACCUCCUCCUCCAUGCUUCACAGUGGGAACUACACAUGCGGAGAUCAUCCGUUCACCUACUCUGCGUCUCACAAAGACACGAUGGUUGGAACCAAAUAUUUCUAAUUUGGAGUCAUCAGACCAAAGCACAGAUUUCCACUGGUCUAAUAUCCAUUGCUCAUGUUUAUUGGUCAAAGCAAAUCUCUUCUUCUUAUUGGUGUCCUUUUUUGAUGGUUUUGUUGCAGCAGUUCGACCAUGAAGAUCCGAUUCACACAGUCUCCUCUGAACACUUGAUGUUUGGUAGUGAAGAAUUUAUUUGGGCUGCAAUCUGUGGUGCAGUUAUGAACUUAUCCUCUGCAGCCGAGGUAACUCUGGGUCUUCCUUUCCUGUGGUGGUCCUCUUGAGAGCCAGUUUCAUCAUAGAGGUUGAUAGUUUUUGUGACUGCACUUGAAGAAACUUUCAAAGUUCUUGAAAUGUUCCGUAUUGACUGACCAUCAUGUCUUCAUGUAAUGAUGUCCUGUCAUUUCUCUUUGCUUAUUUGAGCUUGUCUUGCCAUAAUAUGGACUUGGUCUUUUAUUAAAUAGGGCUAUCUUCUGUAUUACCACCCCUACCUUGUCACCACACAACUGAUUGGUUCAAACGCAUUAAGAAAUAAAUAAUUCCACAAAUGAACUUUUAACAAGGCACAUCUGUUAAUUGAAAUGCAUUCCAGGUGACUACCUCAUGAAGCUGGUUGAGAGAGUACCAAGAGUGUGCAAAGCUGUCAUUAAGGCAAAGGGUGGCUACUUUGAAGAAUCUCAAAUAUAAAAUAUAUUUGGAUUUGUUUAACACUUUUUUUGUUACUACAUGAUUCCAUAUGUGUUAUUUCAUAGUUUUGAUGUCUUCACUAUUAUUCUACAAUGUAGAAAAUAGUAAAAAUAAAGAAAAACUCUUGAAUGAGUAGGAAUGUCCAAACUUGACUGGUACUGUAUACAGUGCCUUGCGAAAGUAUUCGGCCCCCUUGAACUUUGCGACCUUUUGCCACAUUUCAGGCUUCAAACAUAAAGAUAUAAAACUGUAUUUUUUUGUGAAGAAUCAACAACAAGUGGGACACAAUCAUGAAGUGGAACGACAUUUAUUGGA